CUACUAGUACAAGUUACCUCAUUAUAAAAAACAAUAUACCAUAAGUCAUAACCAAACCAAAAAAUAUCAAGAGUUUCAUUAACCAUGGCUUCUUCAAAACAAGAACAAUCUUCCACCAACAAAGAGCUCCCACUAAAACAAAUCCCAGGCAGCUAUGGCCUCCCUUUCAUCGGACCGAUCUUCGACCGACACGACUACUUCUACAACCAAGGAAGAGACAAAUUCUUCUCAACAAGAAUCCAAAAAUACAACUCAACAAUCUUCAGAACCAACAUGCCACCAGGUCCCUUCAUUUCCUCAAACCCAAGAGUCAUAGCACUCUUAGACGCCGCAUCUUUCCCGAUACUCUUCGACAACAAAAAAGUCGAAAAACUCAACGUCCUCGACGGCACAUUCAUGCCGUCGACAAAAUUCACCGGUGGUUACCGUGUAUGUGCUUACCUAGACACAACUGAACCAAACCAUGCACUUAUCAAAGGUUUCUAUCUUAAUACUCUUUUAUUAAGAAAAGACACUUUUAUCCCUCUCUUUAAGACUAUACUUUCUGAUGGUUUUAAUGAGAUUGAAGAUGGGCUUUCUAGUAAAAGUGGUAAAGCUGAUUUUAACUCUAUGGUGAGUGUGGCUUCGUUUAACUUCAUGUUUAAGCUAUUUUGUGAUGAUAAAAACCCUUCUGAAACUAUCCUUGGUGAUCAAGGUCCUAAAAUGUUUGAUACUUGGUUACUCUUUCAACUUGCUCCACUUGCAACUUUAGGACCUCCUAAGAUUUUCAAUUAUCUUGAAGAUAUCUUGCUACGUACGGUGCCCUUUCCUGCUUGUUUGACAAGGUCCUCUUACAAGAAGCUCUAUGAAGCAUUUUCUACUUCAGCUACAACAAUGUUAAACGAAGCCGAAAAAGCCGGUUUAAAAAGAAGCGAAGCUCUCCACAAUAUCAUUUUCACCGCAGGCUUCAAUGCAUACGGUGGCCUAAAGAAUCAAUUCCCAAUCCUCUUCAAAUGGUUAGGUUCAUCUGGCGAAGAGCUUCACAAAGAACUCGCAAACGAGAUAAGAACCGUGGUAAAACAAGAAGGCGGAGUAACAAUUCAGUCGUUAGAAAAAAUGCCGUUAGUUAAAUCAGUUGUCUAUGAAGCGAUGCGAAUUGAACCUGCUGUGCCUUAUCAAUAUGCAAAAGCAAGAGAAGAUUUAAUCGUGAAGAGUCACGACGCGGCUUUUGAAAUAAAAAAGGGUGAGAUGAUAUUUGGAUACCAACCUUUCGCGACAAAAGAUCCUAGGGUUUUCGAUGAUCCUGAGGUUUUUGUGGCGAAGAGGUUUGUCGGCGAAGGUGAGAAGUUAUUGAAGUAUGUUUUGUGGUCUAAUGGGAAAGAAACUGAAGAGCCUUCUGUGGGGAAUAAACAAUGUCCUGGGAAGAAUCUUGUUGUGCUUUUGUGUAGAUUGUUAUUGGUGGAGUUUUUCUUGCGUUAUGAUACUUUUGAGAAUGAGACUAAAAAUAAUGCUUUUGGUGCUGCUGUUUCCAUUACUUCACUCACCAAGGCUUCUAGUGUUUGAAUUUGAUUUUGCAUUUCGUUUAUAGUUAUUGUUUUGUUCUUCCUUUUGGAUUGUUUCUUCUCAAUUUAGAAUUUGGAGUUGAAUAUUGUACAAGUUUGUUUAAUAAUUUGUGUUUUCCAUUCUUUGUUAA